UCCGCAAAGUCAUCAUCUGUCAAGCUGGGAAAACGCACGAAUCACUCGCUCGCCGCACGCCAAACAUUUUGUGCAUAAUUUGGUGAAGUUUUAUUCUUCCAAAAGACAAACAACAUACAGCUAAACGCACUGCGUUUGUGGUUCUGUAGCAGUAGUACCUCGAACGAGUAGUUCUGCUCCCUAGAUCACACAGACAGCGCCUACGGGGAGAGCACAAAGAAGCGAAUCCGGCCGAAAAAUGGAUCAAGCCAUGGACAUUAACGCGUUCGAGGGCCGCAUCGUCAAGAUGGAGGUCGACUACAGUGCGACCUGCGACGAAAAGAUCCCGCUCUGCAAGGAGAUGGCAAAGGACGAGAACAAGUUCAACGAGGCGCUCGAAAUUCUGCUCCAGCUCGAGAAGCAAACGCGCAUCGGUGCCGACAUGGUGUCCAGUGCGCGCGUACUGAUCGCAAUCGUGCAGAUUUGCUUCGAGGCCCGCAACUGGAACUAUCUGAACGAGUACGUCACAAUCCUGGUGAAGCGUCGGUCCCAGUCCAAGCAGGCGGUGGCCAAGAUGAUCCAAGAGUGCUGCACCUACGUGGACCAGACGCCGGACAAGGAAACGAAGCUGAAGCUGAUCGACACGCUGCGUACGGUGACGGAGGGCAAAAUUUACGUCGAGGUCGAGCGUGCCCGGCUAACGAAGAUGCUGGCGGACAUCCGGGAGGCGGACGGGGACGUCACCGGUGCGGCCACCAUCAUGGAGGAGCUGCAGGUCGAAACGUACGGCACGAUGGACAAGCGCGAGAAGGUGGAGCUUAUCCUGGAACAGAUGCGCCUCUGCCUGGCCAAGCAGGACUUUGUCCGCACGCAGAUCAUCGCGAAGAAGAUUAACAUCAAGUUCUUCAACGAUGCCGAGCAACAGGACCUGAAGCUCAAGUACUACGAUCUGAUGAUCCGGCUGGAUAAGGACUCGUCGUUCAUCAAGACCUCCCGCCACUAUCUGGCCGUGGUGGAUUCGGACAUGAUUGCGCAGGAGACGGAGCGACGGCAGAAAAUGAUGAUUUACGCCGUGCUGUACUGCAUCCUUUCGCCCUACGACAACGAGCAGGUCGAUAUGAUGCACAAUCUGUCGAAGAACAAGCUGCUGGAGGAGUUGCCGGUGUACAAGGAACUGUUGCGCCUGUUCAUGUGCAAGGAGCUGAUCAAUUUCGACGCCCUCUGCACGGUGUACGGGGCCGAGCUGAACACGUUCGACAUCUUCAACCAGGAGACUAGCCACGGCAAGAAGUGUUGGGCCGAGCUGAAGAACCGGCUGAUCGAGCAUAACGUGCGCAUCAUCUCCAACUACUACACACGCAUCAAUCUGAAGCGUAUGGCGGAGCUGUUGGAUCUGAGCGAGGGCGAGUGCGAAGAGUACCUUUCGCGGAUGGUCAACGCCGGCACGCUGAAGGUAAAGACGGACCGACCGGCGGGCAUUAUCCAUUUCUCGCAGAAAAAGUCAGCCUCCGAGGUGCUGAACGAUUGGGCAUUUGGGUUGAACGAGCUCAUGAAUCUGGUUAACAAAACCUGCCACCUGAUCAACAAGGAGGAGUGCAUCAACAACGUGAUGCCGAUGCCGGUGGCAGCAGCCGCGUCGUCAUCAUCGUGAGGAGAAGACUGAUGAACAAUAUCUCCAAUUAAUGAAACAAAAAAAGAAUAAUACAGAGUUUCGUUCCGUCAUUCGACUUUGGGUCGGGCAGGCAGUUGAGGGGGUUUUCUUCUUCCGUCACGGAGGACAACCGAUGAAAACAUUUAUAAUUUGUUAUAGAGAAGUUUCAUAAAAAGCUCGUCUGCAGAACAGUAUAAAAAUGGUAAUUUGAAAUAAAUGCGCGUGAAAACACGAAAACAACCAAUA